UUAAUGCGAUGAUGCACAGUAUCAUAACCCAUAAAACUUGAUUUCAUUAACUGUGUCUCUAAGUUCUUGAAGCUAUACCCUUUCGAGGUUGUUUUUCAUUUUCUCUGUCUUAGCAUAGGGGUGUGGAGCCCAAAACUGGACCUUUGCUUUGCUGGCUUUACGCUCUCCAUUGUUGGUCCGUUAUGGGUCUCUGUCUGCUCAGAAUUUAGAGUGAGAAACAAGAAAGACAGAAAAGAAAGAAAGGAGAGCAAGUGAGAGUUUUUAUAAGUUGUGAGAGGUCAAAGCCAAAAUCUUGCACAUAAAAAAGACCUCUUUUUGAAAAAAAAAAGAACUCAUCCAUUUGAUUUCUCUUCUCUAUUGUGUUGUUUGCUUCUUCAUCAAUUAUCUCAUCACUAGUUAAAACUUAAAACCAACAAAAUCAAAAACCAAAACCCGAACUUUCUUUUUUUCCCCUUCUUUGAUUUGAUUGAUCCAUAGAUCUGCUAAUUCCAAUUUCGUGCCCACUUGAAGUUCUUUCCUUUUCUAUUUUCAGAUCCUCCUUCUAGAGUAUAAACCGAAGUAGUCUAACAAAAGGUGUUCCAUUAUUGUGUUGAGAAGCAAAGGAGGAUACAGAUCAUCGUUCAGGUUUCUAGGGCCUAGUUGUAUUUGGUGGUUAUUUAGAUGAGAAAAAUUUGGAGGUUUUUUGGAUGAGAUGAGGGAUGUUAUCUGUGUUGAUGAACUUUUUGAGGGCCUGUUUUCGGCCAAGGUCAGAUCGACUCGUUUACACAAGUUCAGAUGCUAGAGGUCGCCAAGAUGGGCUUUUGUGGUACAAGGACACAGGGCAGCACUUUAAUGGUGAGUUCUCGAUGGCAGUGGUUCAGGCCAACAAUUUACUUGAGGAUCAGAGCCAGCUUGAAUCUGGUUGUUUGAGUUCACAUGAGUCUGGCCCCUAUGGUACUUUUGUUGGUGUAUAUGAUGGGCAUGGGGGCCCAGAGACUUCGCGCUACAUCAAUGAUCAUCUCUUUCGACAUCUCAAGCGGUUCGCUUCAGAGCAUCAGACAAUGUCAGUUGAUGUAAUACGAAAAGCAUAUCAAGCAACAGAAGAGGGUUUUUUGUCUCUCGUUACCAACCAAUGGCCUAUGAAACCACAAAUUGCAGCUGUUGGAUCCUGCUGCCUUGUUGGUGUUAUCUGUGGUGGAACCCUUUAUGUUGCCAACCUUGGUGAUUCCCGUGCUGUUUUAGGGAGAGCUGUGAAGGCAACUGGAGAGGUUCUAGCCAUUCAGCUGUCAGCUGAGCAUAAUGCGUGCAUAGAGUCUGUAAGACAGGAGCUGCAGUCAUUGCACCCUGAUGACUCGCAAAUUGUAGUUUUGAAGCACAAUGUAUGGCGUGUAAAAGGUCUCAUACAGGUUUCCAGAUCCAUUGGUGAUGUAUAUUUGAAAAAGGCUGAGUUCAACAGGGAACCUUUAUAUCCCAAAUUUCGCCUUCGCGAACCUUUCAAAAAGCCAAUAUUGAGCGCAGACCCAUCAAUAUCAGUGCACAAGCUGCUGCCACAUGAUCAAUUCUUGAUAUUUGCAUCUGAUGGGCUCUGGGAGCACCUAAGCAAUCAAGAAGCUGUUGAUAUAGUUCACAAUCAUCCACGAAGUGGAAGUGCAAGGAGGCUGGUAAAAACUGCUCUACAAGAAGCUGCAAAAAAGAGAGAAAUGAGGUAUUCUGACUUGAAGAAGAUUGACCGCGGUGUCCGUCGGCAUUUCCACGAUGACAUCACAGUAAUUGUGGUGUUUCUUGACUCAAACCUUGUGAGCAAGGCUAGCUCAGUAAGGGGUCUUAAUUUAUCUGUUAAAGGGGAAGGAGUUAACUUGCCUCCUAAUACACUGGCUCCUUGUACCACGCCAACAGAAGCUGGCAGUACCUGAUCAUGCUGCGUUGCUUUUCCUUCUUGUAUCAUUUUCUUAUGUGAAUACCGGGUGGCUUCCAAAAGCGAUAAGAGGAGCAAGCCUUCAAUUCUUUAAUGCACACUGUAACUUGUAACUGGAAACUAAUACCUGCAUUUAGCUUCUCUGCUGAAAAACUUACAAAGAACUAGAGAAGAGUACAAGAUGACUAUUAUUAUAGUUAAUUACUUGGGAUAGUUUCCUUAGUCUUCCUUAUA